AUGUCUUCUUUGCAACAGCAGCUUAAGAAGAUCGGCACGCAUGACUUGCGUAAUGUGAGUGAAAUAUCAAGAAAGGCAAGGCCGUCUUUUUUGUUCACAGCUCGUGAGGCUGCUGAUCAAGACUUAGAAACGAUUUACUCUAUUGCCUAUAAUGGCAUCAUGGAGCUUGUUAUUCUCGACGAGAAAUUUGCACCAUUUGAAAAAACCCUCUUUUCUGAGCAAAUGAAGUCUGUUGAUAGAAUUUUACAGACCAAGGAAGAAAAUGAGAAAUUGGACGCCAGUAUCAAUGCUUUCCUCUCUCAAUUGUCACCUUAUUUUCUAUUGAAACCCUCAGGGAAGGUUUUGGAAUACCUUAUUCGUCGCUUCCGCAUUCAUGAUUUCAAUGUGGAAUCAAUCCUCAGAUGUAUUUUACCAUAUCAUGAAACCAAAUCAUUUGUUAAAAUGGUCUCCAUUCUGAAUAUUGAGGAGAAUACAAGUUGGGAAUUCUUGAAGCCGAUCAAAAAGUCAAUGGUUCCAUUGGAACGAAGUUUGUUAAUAAAGAAGAUGAUGAAGGAUAGGCAUAUUUUCGACUUUAUCUGUAGAAUGGUUACCAAGGCUUUAGUUCCUUUCUCAACCUUAUACUCCUUUUUUACAGCACUAUUGAUUGAUUAUAUCAACUCUGCAUCCUCUGUCACCGAAUUCAUGACUACAGCGCUUAUGCCUCAUCUUGUUGAUGGAUUACGGGCUAAGAAAGUUCCUGAAUUACAAUUGGCGUCGUAUAUGAUUGUUUCUCAAUUAUCAGCCAAGGCUGUCCUCAACAAAGAUGGCAUCGAGAGUUUAGUCUCUACAAUGUUAAGGAAAUGCAAAAAACGUUGUUACAGCUAUUGUCUUUUGACGGUCGUACACCUAUGUCAAACUCAGGAAAAUUUCGAAUCAAUUUCAAAGCCUGCCUUUACAGCCAUGACAUCUAACGAAAAGUUCGAAGAAACAAUUCUGGAAAUUUGCGAUAAAUAUGCUACGGAUCGUUUUUUUGCUUGCUUUAUGAGAGACUUGGCUGCUGCGGGAAAACACAUUAGUUUGUUUGAGAAUUUGAUUACCAAUGACUACCUUUCGAGUGAUAACAUUUCGCUUUUGUGCCGAACGAUCAUGGACCAAUAUCUGUCUCUUGCUGAAAACGAUGAGAAUGAAGAAAAAAGAAUUAGCUUUGUCUCUCAAUAUCAACCACUUUUGGCAAUAAUUUCGCAACGUUAUGUCGAGGAGUUGGAUCUCGUAUUGGAAUCGAAGCUGACUGAAACGAAGAAUAACGCUCAACUCAAUAAGAAACUCUUCGAAUUCACCUCUUCUGCGUUCAGAGGCACUGGUCAUGAAAUCAUUGAGGAUGCCAAUACAACACUUUAUCUCUGUUUGAACAGUCCAAAUACAGUAAAUCGUCUUUUAGCCAUGAAAAAGCUGGUAACAAUCAUUGACGACAAGUCAAAUCCUCUUCAUCAAACACCAGAAAUUUUUGAAAGUUCCUUUACUGCCUGUUUGGACAGAUUUAACAGUUUGUUCACGUAUGCCGUCGAGGAAGUGCCUCAACACCUCUUAGAAUAUGUCCCCUCUGAAAAGAUUAUUGAUGCUUUAUCUGAUUUAUUUGAGGAACGUGGUGCUUGCAAUUCCAAAGAUGCCGUUACGGCUUUGAAGUUCUUAUUGAAAGAUUUCUUGGAGAAGUAUCCUGGUCAAGACGCACAAGUCGCUCGAAUUCUAUCUGUAUUUGUUUUUGCUGCAUCCAGCAAUAACCUGUCCAGAUUAGUGAAGUUCGUUAGCUCCUUGACAAUAAAGGAUGCUAUUAUCACUUCUAGUAUUGUUGAAAAUCUCAAGGCUGUCACAGCGGAAAACCGUGAUUUGUUCGAGGUUCCCACCAAAUUAAUCAAGUUGCAAGCUGAUCUUAUCAAGCAAAACAAGCAACCUAUUUAUGCUAGCUUCUGGACAGAAAUGAUUAAGAGUAAAUCUACCGCUGAAAGCGUUGUAAGUCAGUUGAUUGUAUCUCUGGCUAUUUCGAUUAUAACUGAAGCGAAAGAACAGCAUUCGUUAUGUUUGAAGGCUUUGAACUCCAUGCUAUCCGUUAUCAAACAACAUACAAAUUCCUUCUAUUCUAUACCUUUGAAAAAGGAGUUUAUGCCAGAGAAUGGUUCACUUCCAAAGGAUGUUUUCAAACAACUGCGUAACAUUGAUGAUAUUACUGCUCCCUUAUAUAUACAACUUGCCAGAUAUACUCUCUUUACCAUUGCUUCACAAACUGAACGUCCCAAGGGUCAAAUAGAUUGGUAUGGCAAAGAGACAACAAAUAACGAUUAUACCACCCUGAUUAGAAAAAUUUUCGAAACGAUUAUUGCUGGACCCUCUGUCGAUAAUGUCGAGUCUUUAAUCACUGGAUUAUUCAAGAAGCAGUUAGAGGAUGAUGUACUCCGUUUCUUGACUAGUGUCUGGACCAAUACUGACUAUACCUACGUUGUUCGCGCACGCACAUUGCAAAUUACAUCUGCAUAUCUCAAUCAAUUUAUAACCAGCAACAAAACUGAUAUUGAUUUCCAACAUUUGGUACCUGUUCUUUUCCCUACACUUGGCGAUGAAUCUGAUUCUGUCCGAACUCAAGCAUUACAUUGUUUGAAACUUAUUCACUCUGCGUAUCAAACUCAAGGUUUACCUAGUGGCCAUAAGGUUUACGAUACGUCAAUGCCUACCGAUAAUGUCACCAAGACUAAGUUAUCUACUAGUCUAAAUGUAGUUCCUGUUAAUACCUUCUAUAACGAAAGCGCAUCUGUUCCUUCCUUGAGAUCAAACGAAGCGGCUCAUCUUGUUGACUUUGUGUGGUUCAGACAUGCUGAAAUAACCAAAGAUCGUAACUAUAUUGUGCACCUAUUCAAGGAUUACCUCUCUCUCUGUACUGCGUCAAGUGAAAAGCAACAUAAAACCCGUAGAACGCAUACUGUCACGUUUUUACUCAAUCAUAUAGUAAAUGCCCCUACAGUUCAGAUGAAAAUCAGCAUGCUUAGCAUGUUGGAUACCGUUUCCGACUCCCUCAAGCUUAAAACUCUUGCACCUCUCCUUGAAACAACUUUAAAUGAGCCUCGUUCUCCUCAUUCAACCUCAUUGAUCGCUUAUUUGAUUCAUGCUUUCUCACCCUUGAAUGCUGUUGAUAUGGGUACUAAGAAUGAUAAAACUUUGGGUCUUUUCCUCCGUUUGCUUAGCAAUAAGGAUAUUCUUGAAGGCUCCGAUGAAGAUGGUUGGCAAGUUUCUACUCGUCAUUAUGCUCUUCAACAGAUCACACCCGAAUUUUUUGCACAAACGAAUAUCAAUGCUCAGCAAGCAAUUUUCAAGUCUCUAAUUGAUAUUGCUACUAAUGGUGUUCAAAAUGAUGUUCGUGCCGCUAAAACUGUUUUGGUCAAUAUUGAUAUCGAUGCCAAAAUGUUGGAAGGUUACCUCAGUGCUGCUGCUAAGAAUUUGAUGGGAACCGCAACUUCUAUGGCUGCUACGCAUAAUGCUAAGCGUGGCCGUAUGAUUGAAAAUGAAAACGCUGCUACUGUCGAUCUCUAUGAACUUGUCACUGUUUUGGAAUUAUUGGAAGCAAAGACAAUCAUUCGUGACACUUGCCUUAUCAAGCCUUUGUUUGAUGUCUUGACUUCUAUGGUGAAUGCAGAUCUCCGUGAUUCACCUGUUUCAUUAGAGUACAUUAAUCAGCUGCUGAUGUCCUCUCUGGCUCGUAUUAUCCAUCACGCCGAGGAGAAUGGUAUCUCUGUGGAAGAAUCCGCACUCCGUGUAGACAUUGUCGUUCAAUGUAUUCGUAUAACUGGCAAUCCCCAGACGCACAACCAAGCUUUAUUAUUAAUGGCAACGAUUGCUUCUAUGUAUCCUGAAAGUGUCCUACAUAAUAUUAUGCCAGUCUUUACAUUUAUGGGUGCUAAUGUCCUUCGCCAGGAUGAUAACUACAGCUUCCAAGUCAUACAGCAAACUCUCGAAAAAAUCUUGCCUCCGCUUGUCAUUUCUAGCAGAAAGUCCAAUAAUGACGACGAGAAUGCUCUGGUCCUCGGAGUUAAACCUAUCAUUAAGGUAUUCGUUGAUGCUUUGUUCCAUAUUCCAAAGCAUAGGCGUCUGCGUCUUUUUACUGUACUUAUCCAUACUUUGGGCGAAGAUGAAUUCCUGUAUGCUAUCACGUCACUUUUGUUGGAGAAGUAUACUGAGAAGCUUGCAAGAGGUGCUCGCUCUGAAGCAGAGUCCCUUACGGAAUUUAGUCUGCUCAUUUGUCAGAACUUCAGCCCUAUGACACAGAUGAAGGCUAUUUUGUCUCUUUUGAAUGGUCUGCUAAUCUUACCAAAUGAGAAACCUGAAGAUAUCAGUAUGGACGAAAAGGAAGUCUCUCUUUUCAAUAUGCGUGAGCAUAGUGCUAAGCAGCUUCGUCAAUUCAAGCUCGCUACUCUCAAUUUUGUUGGCCAACUACUUACGUCCAAGGGAUUUUUGAACAAGAUGUUAGAGCAAUCUAGCAACAGCGAAGAAUUUACUCAAAGCAUGCAGCCUUAUUAUCUCCAGUGCGUUGAAGUGAUCUUGAAAAUCGUUAGUUACUUUACUGGUUUCCGUGAUAGCUAUUCUGUAUCAAAGGAUGCUUUGGCGGGUGUUGCCAAAUUCUGGAGAGCUAUUUUAAAGGUCGUUUACGAUGUUUUAGACAAGGUCAAUGCUCUUUUGCCUUUAGAUAUCUUUGUUGGAGUUAUUACCAAGCUAAUGCAACAUGCUGAUACAUCUAUCAGACGCAAAGCUUUGAAUAUUUUAAAUGAGAAGAUUCUUGCCUUUGAAGGUCAUGCUCCUGAAGGUUAUGAAGAUGUACUUGUUAACAUGAUUGGUGACCUUACAUCCGCUAUCAAGAACGAAUCAGCAAGUACAGCUAAUGAUGAAGACCGUGCCAUCAACAAGCAAUCUGCUUUGUUAUGCAUCGCAUCCUUGGCUAAGCUUCUUGGUAACCUUUAUCCUGGUCAAUUCGCCGAGGCAAUUCCUACAGUUAUUGGUGUUGAUUGUCUUCAAUCCACUGAUGCACAAUUGCAAAUUUCUAGUCUUGUAUGUCUUUCUGUUAUUUGCGCUGAAAUCGGUCCUCGUGCAGUACCUCAUCUGCCCAAAUUCAUGCCUCUCAUCACAAAUAUUCUUGAUACGACUGUCAAAGCAGAAAAUCCUAACAAUCUUUUACAGCUUGGUGUCAUUAGUGCUCUUGAAACUAUUGUUGCUGUAUUACCCCAUUUCAUUAGUCCUUAUAUUACCAAGAUGCUGAAUGGCCUCCUGCAUUCGUCUGUGUAUGUUUACGACGCUUCACAAUCUCAGAGAGCUGCCAUCGAACAGAAGGCGCUUGGAGUUUUGUCACAAAUGGCCACUACUGUGUCUCCUCGUGUUCUUCUCAACCCAUUAUUCGGUUUCUAUGAAAUAGCGGUAAAAAAUGGCACAAAAUCUAUUUUGGCAUUGUGUUCUGUUAUUUCCCAAGCCAUUCGCUCCAUGACAAGGGUUGUAAUGACUUCCCAUUAUAAACAAUUGUUUAAAUUUUUCUUAAUCGCGUUUGAUGUUCGACGCGCUCACAAACAAGAAUUCGAUCUGAAUGCCAUUAGCGAAAUUGAAGAUGCUAUCAUCAGUGCUUUCCUCGAUUUGGUUAUGAAGUUGAAUGAAACUCUGUUCAAGCCGUUAUUCCUCAAAGUUAUUGAUUGGGCAACGGUCGAAUUGGCUACUGAAGGAGUUCCUAUGUCCGAAGACAGUUCGUCUCGCGCUCUCUUCUUUUACAAACUGGUUGACGCUCUUUUGGAAAAACUGAAGACUAUUUUUACACCCUACUAUGGCUAUUUGAUAGACGAUGUUAUUAUGAGAUUAGAGUACUACAAGACGGAAGAACAACCUAUUGAUGUCCUCUGGAACUACCUUAUGUCAUCACUCCGUAAAUCCUUCUUGUACGAUAAUGAUAAUCUCUGGAAUGCUACCAAGUUUGAAAAGGUGCUGGAUCCUGUCGUCGACCAAUUAUUGGUUACCAGUAAAGGAACCAAUUCUGACUAUCUUAGUCGUAUGGCUGCUUAUGUUGUUCCUUGCGUUGGGCAAAUGGCUGUCACUGUGUCAAAUGAUACUCUUUGGAAACCUCUCAAUCACAAGGUUUUACUUAAGACGAGAGAGGACGAUCCUGAAAUUAGAUUGGCUGCUCUGAAAUGUAUUGAAGAGUUCUAUGUUCGUCUUGGUGAAGAAUGGUUAUUGUUCUUAGCUGAAAGCAUUUCCUUCCUUGCUGAACUAAUGGAAGAUGACGAUGCUCGUGUCGAGAAAUAUGUACAACAAGUCAAUGCUCAAAUUGAAUCGCAUCUUGGUGAAAGCCUAGAUAAAUUUUUCAACUAA